AUGGUCGAUCUAUCAUAUUUACCCGAGCCUCUCCGCGACCCCAACAACUGCCAGAAGGAUCUUAUCCCCGGCUGGUCAUACUCAUAUGGUUAUCGACCAAGCUUGAUUGCCGGAAUCAUUUUUUGUGCCCUCUUUGGUAUCGCGUUGUUGGGUCAUGCCGAAUUGAUCGGAUGGGGAGGCCGCACUUGGUCUGCCGAAUGCCCAUAUAACCAAAAUGCCUAUCUCAUCCAAAUCACCACGCUUAUUAUCGCGCCGGUGUUUUUCACGGCUGCUCUAUAUGUUUUGCUUGGCAUCCUAAUCAAACUAUUUGGGAGACGGUCGAGUCUUCUUUCGGCAAGGAUGUAUACCAUUAUAUUUUUGACGUGCGAUGUCAUCUCCCUUGUGGUUCAAGCCGUCGGUGGCGCAAUGGCAUCCAUGGCUUCAGGUGACAGAAAGGACCCCCAAGUAGGCACCAAUAUUAUGAUCGCAGGUGUAAUCUUCCAACUAGCCGCCAUGACUGCCUUUGCCGGUCUUGCGCUGGACUUCGUGCGCCGAUCGUACCCGAUGGGAAUCACAAGGCAAUAUCAACUUGCUCUCGUCGGUUUAUUCAUCUCUCUUGGAGCCAUAUACGCCCGUAGCAUAUUCAGGGCAGUUGAGUUGUGCGAAGGGUGGACGGGAUACCUGAUGCAGAACGAAAGGUUCUUUAUUGGUUUAGAUGGCUCUCUUAUGGUCAUCGCUGUUGGCGUCUUCUUGGUCCUCGAUCCUUCUCGGCUAGUCCCCAAGGACGCCACCAAGCUCUCGAGGUCCAGUUCGAUGGAACUCAAAGCUCCAGAGGCAUUUUAG